GGCAGCCGACAACAGACACAGAAUAAUACAUACAUACAUACAUACAUUUGAAAACUAGUUGAGAGAAUUUUGUUGAGUUAUAUUUGGUCAAGUUAAUAUGUAAUCGGAAAAAUAGAAAUCUGACUGAAUUAGCAGCAGUUGGAGCUCAUCAUGGAGCUCCGAGGAUAUACAGUGAAUGUCUUGGUUUUAUUGCUGGUGUCGCUGGCAAGAAACGAGGAUAGGAUUGAGUUGGGGCUGUAUGCCAACAAGGUGGUGUCUUACGGUGUGCCGACUCCAUUGGUGGUCACCAUGUCCGGCUAUCCCAAGUGCGAGCUGCGGCUGCGAGUUAGCUCGCCGAGAUAUCUGGUGGCGCAGUGGAUCGUUGGCCCAAACAUUGAGCCCCCCAUGAAACCGUUAUUCCAAAAGACGGAUAAUAUUGCGAACGAGUUGAGUCGGCUCCACAUCGUGCCCAGUGUGAACCUGAGCUAUGAGCGGGGUUACUUUGCGGAGCUGAAUGCAACCUUCUGGCAGUCGAGCAACAUCCGACUGACCCUAGGCGGCUUGUGCAGUCUAAAGUCUCAUUCUGGAUUUAAUCCAGUUGCCAGGACUAUUUUUUUGACUAUGAAUAUAUCGCGUGAUGUCUGCAUUCCCCAUGCGGAAGACGAAGCCUGCUUCCAUCCAAACACCCCCAUGGAGUUCAGUGUGAUGUACGGCUCCGAAAUCGAGAUAAAUUUAUUAAACAAUUGCGGUAUGGAUACCAAUAAUAUCACCUGGACCGUGAUGGACUUGGCAGAGACGACAAAGUUGAAAACGUUUCAUCACCAAUCACUGGGUCUCACCUUGGAACCAUACGCUCUGCGCUUUCCCAACGAGUCGGGGCCGUAUCGCAAUCAAUAUGUUCUGCAAAUUAGCGGCGACUCCGGCGGAAGAAUAUUUGUAGCACGCUGCUAUCUGAAGGCCCUGGCGGAGGCGGUGCAGGCGAUCAUUAGUGGAGGCAUUGUGAGGAAUGUACAUGAAGAAGAAGAAAUCUACAUGGAUGGCUCGCCGAGUCGGGACUACGCCAAACGGCCAGACGAAAAGCAAUUUAAUGUAUAUAACUGGACCUGCAGGUCAAAUGAUGUCCACAAUACAAUGUGCAACGGUCGAACUUGGACACAAGCGACCUUUCUUAUACCUCGUAAAUCGUUUGCUCUUGGCAAUAAAUAUGAGUUUAGCCUGUCAGUGGCUUCCGAUAUUCAUCCUCAUCAAAUAUCGCAUGCGCAUCAGGUUUUACUAAUUGUGGAGUUCAAAACGUUGCAGGUGGAGGUUACGUGCGUAAAGAACUGCGAGUCGAAUGCAUAUGAUCCGGAGGAGACUGUACACAUGGCGGUCCAGUGCCGCAACUGUGGCAGUUAUAAGCCCAAAUAUGCUUGGUAUUUAGACGGAUAUGAGGCGUCCCAGACAAAGGAUCUGCGCAUGCGUUUGCAAACUAACAACGAAGAAAGCAAAGUCGUUUUACGCGCUAUCACAUCUGAUUUUCGGAUCGGCACCCAGGUGCAUUUAUUGACGGCGCGCAAAAACCCGAUUUAUAGCUGUCACAUAGCACCGACAACUGGCACUGAGGUCAUUACGAAAUUCAACGCAUGUUGCUGGAAAUUUAACGCAAAAGUCAAGCUGUUUUUUGUGUAUGCGGAUAAAGUAUUGAUUCAUGAAUGCGUUUACUGCUAUGGCCCAGUGUAUUUGCCAAAUAAUGUGACAAAUCUGAUGGCGUUGAUCUGUGAAAGACAUUGGAAAUGCACCAAGAUACACAUGCCAUUGGUGACUGUGCAUUCGAUGGGUGAUAUACCGACGGAGUCAUCCAAUGAUUUGUGGACAUAUAUUAAAGACACACAGUCUAGCUAUUUCAACGUCAAUGAUCGAUUGAGAUUCAUGGCGGUAGCACAAGCGGCCGCCAAUGUAAUACGCGAGCCGAAAACCGCGUUAACCUUAAUGAAAGCCUUCGGCGAAUUUCAUCCAAGAUCGCUGAUCACGCUGAGCUUGUUGGCUAAAUUCACAAAAACCCUGGCUAUCAAUCUGACGCCAAUUGAUGAUAUCGAUUUGUUGGUUAUGAUAGAGUGCCUGACCAAGCUGAAUGAAAACUUUGAGAUCGUCACGGAUACGAAUGAUGCGAGGCACCUUAUCCGAAUGCCCUAUUUGAAUACGACGAUCGAACUUAUUAAGAUCAGUAAUUUUAUGACUGCUAUUAACAGGUACAUAGCACCUCCGGCCAAAUCCAUUUUCGAUCAGUAUAACCAGGCUGUGAAGGAUAAGAAACUGCAACAGCCAGUCAUUGAUGAUCUGCUCGAGGAGAUCUCUCAAAUUGACAGUGAGUUGGUGAAGGAGCAUUCGGAGAAAUGGGUUAGAUCCCUGUGGCAAACGGAGCGACUUUGUCGUUUCCUAUCCUCGGCUCGCAAACACGGCGUGGACUCGAAUGACACAGCAGGCGUUGUUAUAGACACUAUGACCCUCGCGGUGCACUGCAUGCUAUUCAAGCCUGGCCUUGAGUAUGCCAUCGAUACGAAUGACGCACGGCAUACGGUGUACCUGUCGUCGGAACUGCUUGAUGAACUUAAGGAUCCCCUCACAAAUAAAGUAUGCAUCAAGAUCAUCUCAAAAAUACGCAGGCUCAACUGGUGGUAUCCCGAGGAGAGGCAGCCGAGUAACGAGUUGCUCACUGUGCAUGCUAACAAAACCGGAUAUGAGUUUCAAGAGGAGCUCCGGCUGCAUAAUAGCCAUAUUUCCUUUCGAACGGUCACUGGCCGGUUCAAGCCCGCCCUUGAUAUUCCCAAAAAUCAAGAAAUUGAGAGUAUAUUCCAGCAGCUUGAUCUCGAUACUAGCAGAAGCUAUGGCCAACAAAUCGAGGGGAAGAGCAGAUCAAGAGCCACGGCAUCUCAGGAUGAAUCGGAUAAUGAUGAUACUCUCGCAGAAACUGGCAAAUAUGGGAGUUGCUUGGAAUAUGGCCAAUUGAAUACGAAAAUGCAACUGCUCGCCUAUCGCAUGCAGUUACAGCAGAGGUCUAUGGUUGCCGUGCGCUUCAAGAACACCACACACCGGCUAAAUGUGCUCCUGGUGAUGAAAAACCUCCCCACAAAUCUAGUGUCUGCCAUUGCCGAUUCCGAGUGUAGCGUGCCGGCCCACUCGACCAACACGACGAUGGUACUGCGCAACAAAUGCACUGAGCCGGAACGGGUGUAUCUGGUCAUACGGCUGUUUAGCGACGAUGAAUCGGAUGGCCCGAUACCCGGUGGUCCGGCUAACUUCUCGUUUGUUUUUCAGGUGCGCAGCUGCGACCAUUGGAAGCAAUCUGAACAGCAUUGGCAGCACAUUAACUGCCUGCCGGGACUGCAGUAUCCAAGGCAGGGGUACAUAUACUGCAACUGCAGCAUGAUGGGCACAUUUACCAGCUAUGUGUACUAUGUGCCGGCCAUUGCGGUGCCCAUCAAUAUCACCAAGGAUAUUCUAUUCAACUGGGUCGUUCUGAGCGUUUACAUUGUCGCGUUGUUAGGCACGUUCAUCGUGCUGGUGCUGCUGUUUCGGUAUCAUAAUCAUCAGCCUAGCAAAACGAUCGCCUGCGACAUGACCGACCUGGAGGAAGCCUCAGAUCGGGAUGUGCACGACCUGUUGAUCUACCUGAGAACGGGUUGCCGGGACAAUGCUUUGACUACGGCCACGGUGCGUCUGAUCUUUGAGACAACCAAGCGGGCUGAGUUGCAGUUUACGCUAAUGCAGAAUCCGGAGAGUCCCGAACUGACACGCAACUCUACGUAUAUAUUGUGGCUGCGCAGCAGGGAUAUACGGAUACCCACCCGCAUCGCAGUUGUCCACAACAACGAGGGACGGUAUCCCACCUGGUAUUUGUACCACAUCGAGGUGAUCGACAUACAGACGCAGCAGGUGCAGGUGUUCAAGGUGAAUCGUUGGGUGCGCCAUAAGUUCCUAAUCCUCAGCUCAUCGAUGGUUGUGCGGCCGGGCGACCAGACAGUGGAAGACAGUUGGCGGGAUCGAUUCGUUGCCGAGUUCGAGCGGCAGUGGCUCAACUGGGGCCUCUGGCAGCCGCUGACCGGCAAGUGGCGGGGCACAGGCAUCAAUGACACUAUGACGCGUGCUCAGCGGGUUUGCAUAUUCCUCAAUAAGCUGAUCAUAACGUAUACCGUGUGCGCAUGCGUUUGGGCACCUGCCAAACAGGAGUCGGCGUACCAAGACACCAUCUACUUCAAUUAUCGUUCGUUUUUGUUGAUGGUCAUUAUUAGCCUGAUAUUGACCAACUUAGCUCAGUAUAUCCUUGAGUCUCUGCUUUUGCUCAGUCAUUGAAAUUUGUUAAUAUGAAAAAUAAAA